AGAAGAAGCACUCUGCACACGAACUGUUUGAUGCGGCUUAUGGUUGCCGCGUGCUGGGCCCUGGCCAGAUUGAGGGCGCCCUUCCUUUCGCGGAUGUCGUUGGCUGAGCACAGUUUGUUAAGGUUUAUCGUCAGGGCUUCCUUCGCGCUGCUCUUCUGCCAGGAGAUGCCGCCCAGGGGCUGCUUAUAAGCAUGGAGAGGCAGGGGCCUGUGCAAGUCGUGACCGGCGCAGUCCUUCGUCCGGAUCCGCCGCCAUCCCCAGCAAAACGAUUUAGCUGUUCCUCCCCCAUUGUGGAGAUUAUCCAUUUCCACAAGGCGAUCAAAUCAGAGCUGGCCAGGCUCUGCCAAGCUGUCGUUGCGUUAGAAAACGGGGCGCAGGUCGAGUUUAGUGCUUUAUCAAAAAGGUACCAGUUUCUGCAGUCGGUGUACAAGUACCACAGCCAGGCGGAGGAUGAGGUCAUUCUUCCAGCCCUGGACUUGAGGGUGAAGAAUGUUGCCCAUGCAUACUCGUUAGAGCACGAGGCCGAGGGGGACAUCUUCGUGCAGCUUGCGGAGCUUUUAUCUGCUGCAGGGUCGGAGAGUGGGGAACUAGAGAGGGCCGAGCUCUUGCGGCAGCUGGUGUGCACAACAGAGGCCCUGCAGACGACUCUGAGGCAGCACCUGAAUAAGGAGGAAGAACAGGUCUUCCCUCUGCUAAUGCAAAACUUCAGCUUUGAGGAGCAGGCCGCUCUGGUAUGGCAGUUUAUGUGCUGCAUUCCAGUAAACCUUCUAGAGGAAGUCUUGCCUUGGGUUGCUGCGGAGCUGAACCCCCAAGAGCGACAAGAAAUGGUGGCGCAUAUCCAUGACGUGGUUCCUAGCGAAGAGCUUCUGCUGGAGGUUGUUCAAACCUGGCUGGCAAAAGACAGGCGCCCUGCUGACGCACAGAUAGGUCACUCGGUGAACACGUUUGCCGCGGCUGUCGUAACCGCCGAAUCCUCAGGCCCGGGAAAAGCUUUGAGGGACUCCGUAAAACAAGGAAAGUUGGAAAGCGUUGAGGCUCUGAGCGGAGGCGCGAAGCCGGACGGACUGAAUCACACAAGCAGAAUGGCACUGAUGGGGGGUGGGGUUCCUCAGACAGCGCUGAGCGAGACUGGGGUUGAGGGAGCGGUUAAGGAGCGCCUGCCAAUCAAUGAGAUACUUCACUUCCACAAUGCGAUUCGGAAGGAGCUAGAGAGCUUUGCAGAGGAGGCCCGGGCACUGCGUUUGACCGGGAUGCUCAAUGCCGUCAGCCUGACGUCGCUGGUGGAGCGGUACAGAUUCCUGUCGGAUGUUUGCAUCUUCCACAGCGCCGCGGAAGACAACGUCGUGUUCAAGGCCGCAUUGGACCGCAAGGUCAAGCUGCCGCGCACGUACAUGGGCUAUCAUGGCCUUGAGGAGCAGCAGUUUUCAGAUGUCGGGCGGCUGCUGGCUGGGGCUCGGACGGCAGAGAUUGGCAGCGCUGCCGCAGAGCAGAUCAUUGGGGACCUGUGCGAGCAGGCGGAGGCCAUUGUAUCUGCCGUCCGUCAGCAUUUCCUGGACGAAGAAGCAGAGGUGCUUCCGCUGGUGCAACAGCACUUCAGCGUGGAGGAGCAGCGGGUUCUCAUGUACCAGAGCCUCCGGGCCAUGCCGCUGCGCCUUCUUGAACAGGUCCUCCCCUGGGUGAUGGCCCUCCUGAGUGAAGACGAGGCAACCGACAUGGUGCGCAACAUGCAGUUGGCCGCACCCCCUGUUGACUCAGCCCUGGUGGCCCUUUUCUCGGGGUGGGCAAAUCGGGGCCGCUCCGCCAGCCGCUCGAGCGGUGACACCCGGUCCCACUCCGAGGGGGGUGAUGACGUCAGCAGCCACCCCGCGGCAGACGAUGCGGAGACAGUUGAGCAGGUCGCGGAGGACGGGGGUUCUGCGGAAGGGGGAGGGGUGCUGAAACGGAAGUCGUCUGAAGGCGAUGAGGGCAGCGGAGGAGGUGCAACGGGGGGUAACAGCCCUCCCCGAAAGAAGAACAAGGUGGAAGCGGGGGCAAAAGCAGUGGAUCUCGUUUCAGGGGGGGAGAACGGGGAGGGAAAGCUCUCGCGGGGCAGCUCUGCAUGGACGACGCGGCCGCUCGCAGACCUCCCCGGGGGUGGCCUCCCGCUUCGAAGCCCGGGGAUGAGCGGUCCGACCUCGUUCUGGGGUAAAAUCAAGGGGGGCACGAUGACCGGGGGGCGCGCCCCGAUCGACCACAUCUUCCAGUUCCACCGCGCAAUUCGGAGAGACCUGGAGUACCUGGACCUUGCCUCGGGGCGGCUUCUGCACUGCGACGACCAGUUCUUCUCGGACUUUGACGGGCGGUUCCGGUUCCUGUGGGGGAUCUACCGGGCGCACAGCGCGGCAGAGGACGACAUCGUGUUCCCGGCCCUCGAGGCGAAAGAGGCGCUGCACAAUGUCAGCCACUCUUACUCGAUCGACCACCAGCAGGAGGAGCAGCUCUUCAAGGAAAUUGCGAAAGCGCUCGAGGAUCUGAAGGCGUGCCGGGCGCGUGCGCACGCGGAGCGGGCUCGGCAGCCGGGCGCAGCAACGGUAACCGUUGGCGGGAACACAGUGCCAGGUGGCGCGCAGCCGGCUGCGACAGGUGGCACCGACAUUCCGAAGCUUUCGGAGAAAGCCGCUGUAGAAACGGAGCCGUCAAGUAGCUCGGACGGGGGUAACAUGGGAGCGUCCGAUGGGAUCAUUCGGAAAGGGGGUGGUGUGGUAUUGAACCCGGGUUCAAGCUUAAUGGAGAAAGAAGGGGGGGUGGGAACGCAGGGGGCGUUGGACGAGUAUCACACGCGGGUUUUGCAGCUUCAGCGGAUGUGCAAGUCGGUGCGCGUGAGCUUGGACAAGCACGUGUCGAGCGAGGAGGUGGAGCUGUGGCCGCUCUUCAGCAUCCACUUCAGUGUCGAGGAACAGGACGCGAUCGUGGGGCGCAUCAUUGGUUGCACGGGUGCGGAGGUGCUGCAAGCGAUGCUGCCAUUUGUGACCACUGCUCUGACAGACGAGGAGCAGGGCGAGAUGAUGAAGAACUGGCGCAACGCCUCGCGCAACACCAUGUUCGACCAGUGGCUCAGCGCGUGGUGGAAGGGCGACAAGAGCGGCGACCAUAAGCUAUCGCCCAAGAGCGCCGCAGCCCUGGAAGAUGGCGACAGCAGUCGCCUGGCGGAGGUCGCCGAGUACCUCAAACAAAACGGGGGGGUCCCGGUGAUCCCCCUGGACCAGGAGACGGAAGAUAGCGACGAAAUGGGGGGGCAGGAGCCCAGCAAAAGCGAUCGGGGGGGGAAAGACGAGAAGCUCGAGGAGCUACGAGAGCAGCAAUUGGUGCACAGGGCGGAACGGGUUAGUUUGGGCGAGCGGGGGGGUGAGGAUGCGGCCUCCGGCGCCCCCCCGGUAGGAAACGGUGGCGAGGGGGGGGCGUCGAGCAGUGGGGGAAAGGAGGGGGGUGUUGAGGGGAGUAACUUUAAGCCGGGGUGGGAGGAUAUCUUCAGGAUGAACCAGAAGGAACUAGAGGCGGCGAUCCGGAGGGUGUCGAGGGACAGCACGCUGGAGCCGCAACGGAAGGCGUACCUCAUGCAGAACCUUAUGACCAGUCGAUGGAUUGUUGCCCAGCAAAAGGUCGCCCCAUCUGCCGCCACCGGCGGGGAGGGCUCCCAGGAGUUGCGGCCGUCGUACCACGACGAAGCCAAGGGCAUAUUCGGUUGCGAGCAUUACCAGCGCAACUGCAAAGUGAAGGCCGCGUGCUGUGGACAGCUCGUCACGUGCCGUUUCUGCCAUGACAAGGAUAGCGAUCACACCAUGGACAGGCACGCCGUCCGCGAGAUGAUGUGCAUGACGUGUCUCCAGGUGCAGCCCGUGGCGCAGCACUGUGCGACGCCCUCGUGCAACGGGCGCAGCAUGGCGCGCUACUACUGCGCCGUGUGCAAGUUCUUCGACGACUCGGGCAAGGACGUCUACCACUGCCCUUUCUGCAACCUCUGCCGGGUUGGCAAGGGCUUGGGAAUCGACUUCUUCCACUGCAUGUCGUGCAACGCGUGCAUGUCGCUCUCGCUCGCGUCGCACACAUGCCGCGAGAAGGGCCUUGAGUCCAACUGCCCCAUCUGCCACGACUUCCUCUUCACGUCCAACACGCCCGUCAAGGCGCUCCCCUGCGGACACUUCAUGCACUCGCUCUGCUACCAGUCAUACACGCACGGCCACUACACGUGCCCCAUCUGCAGCAAGUCCCUAGGGGACAUGGCCGUCUACUUUGGCAUGCUGGACGCGUUGCUCGAGACCGAGGAACUGCCCGAGGAGUACCGGGAUCAAAAACAGGAAAUCCUGUGCAACGAUUGCGAACACAAGGGCACUGCAUCCUUCCACUUUGUCUAUCACAAGUGCUCAAAGUGCGGUUCCUACAAUACAAGAACGAUAUAGGGGAUCCUCGGGUUGAUUUGCGGUUUGCUCGGGUUAGGUUUGUAGUGGACCAACACUUAGUUGAUCUGUACAUACUUCAGAAUAAUAUGUCAAAAGGUGCAGACGUCAUUUAUAGGAGGUUCAGUUUGUGCUAAAUCCUGUUUAAGUAUCCGGCAAUGCCAUUGGUAAUACCCAACAUGUUAGGAUUGAACAUCACAUAUAAGCUUUGAUUGCGGGUUUUCCAGGAUCCUGGCCGUUGCGGAGCGCCAACUGAGGCAAUAUUGUCAUACACUGGCGGCAAUGUCUCGGGAUCAUUGGUGUUAGCAUGCAACCCACAAUGCUCAACUACGGUCACCUGUAACCACAUAAAUAUUUGGAUGCGAG